AUGCUACUGGAACUAGCACGCGAUAUCACCUUCAUCGUUGAUCCACAGCCUGUAUACAGCCGGACGCUCGACCGUAAACUGGGCUCUGCCUUGAAUGCAAUACUUGGGUACAAUAGAAGUGUUCUUUGGGCUCUUUUGUUGAUCCUAUGCAUCGAAGUUCCACUUGCCGGUGUCGCUCAACUCGCUGCAUGGAUUUCUGGUAUUGUGCCUUUUCAAGGGAAACGACACACUGAUCUUCAAGCUCUUGUUGAUCUUCUCGUGCAGGUGCCCAGGAACGGCACACAUAUGAAGAUUAUUGUAUAUCUGGAGCAUUUGCAUCUGCAAGAUCUCGCAAUUGUCCUCGGUUUACUGAACUUGCGAUGUGGGCCCACCACGUUGGAGGAGGUUUGGGCUUCCUGGCACGGUGUAAUGGAACUGCUGCUUACUAAAGAAGACUACGAAAAAAACUACAAGAAUUUAGUGAUGUCUGCUGCAGAGCAGGCUGGAUGCACGGAAAUUCUCAGUAUUCCUCCGGCGUUUACCCUUGAUGAGACCGCCUGGGGGGAUGUUCGUGGCAGUCAGUGGAUCGGGAGGAACCGAAGAUCCUGGACGGAGAAUAAUAAUAUCGAGGUAGUAAUAGAGUGA